AUGCUUUUCUCUAUCCCAUUCAUCGCCUGUGUUCUCGCAGCUUGUGAUAUCACCACCGCAUUUCGGACUAAUGGUGACCCGGAACAUGACGACAACGCCCUUAAGAAAAUCUGCCCACAUCUGAAGACACAGGAUAAGGGCUGCAUUCGCUACACUAGAGGCUACGAUGUUACCGGCGUCCUCACUACAGUCACCCCGAAUGUCAAUGAUGAAUGUGCCUGUAUCGAGGAAUGCAUCAAUGCUCCAGCCUCCUGUGACAGCUAUGUGUGGAAGUACAACGAUGAGGGAACACGUCGUACUUGCACCUUGUACUCGAACUUCAACCUCCCCCCCAAUGUCACGGUUGUUUACGACGAGCCACCUACCCCUCCCAACCAAGGCUACGAGCCUAUCGCAGAUGGCCCUACCCAGAUCGGUGGCCUAGUGCCUAAAGCCACAACGCCUAGUGGUGAGAUCGAUGAGCGUGCUGUUUCUGGUCCUGUCUGGCAGCUUGAAGGAGGCGGGGUACUCUGCUAG